AAUAAAAUGGAGAGCUCGAUUAGUGAGAUGAUACAGGAAAUGAAUAAUUGGAAAGAAUGUGCUGGGUCUGAUUCCAAUUCAGAUAUGAGCGAUCAUGGAGAAUUUGAUCUGGAGCUUUUUGCAAAUCGUGAUGAUGUGUUCUGUCUUGAUGUUUCAGACGAGACUGAUAUUAAAGAUAUGGGUGAUGUGAAGGGCUUGAAGUUUGAAGGGAGAACACUUGAAUUACUGCUUAUCAAAGCUACUAAAGGAUAUGAAUUUGCUGAUAAACAUUAUUUGUGGAAAUCUUCCAAAGCCACAGGUAAUAAUAUUGAGAAAGUUGCUUAUCACCAUUAUGAUUUUAACAUUAGUGGUAAAAAGCAAGCAAAGAAUUUCUUAUCUCUUCUUGACACAGACUACAAGAAUUUCAAAUGAGGCAUUCACUAUACAGCUGUGUAUCUAGACUUUAAACUAUAUCUUGCAACUUGCAGGAAUGGAGGAUCUAGCAUCGCUGAUGAAGUAGCUCAACAGAUCCAAGAUUUCAUAAAUGAUGUAGAUGAAGAAGGAUACAUAAAACCUAUGAUCAUGCUCAGCAAAGAUUUUCCCAAAAUAAUGAGCAAAGACAAAUCAAUGAAAUUGGAAGAAUCCUCAAAUGAACUCUAUUCUGAAGAGGAAAAGAAGGAGAUAGGAAUGUAUCAGGAUUCUUUCCAAUUGAAGAUACAGGAAACUCCUAUUGAAGAAUUGGCAACCUUGCGCCAGGUUAGUACUGAUGAAACUUUUUAUGGAAUAACAGGAAAAGUUGGAUGUAAUUUUUUUGAGAAAGAAUUACCUCCAAAAGAACCUGAAAAAGAAAUCAAAAAUGAAAAGGAUUUGAAUAAGAAGAGAAAGAAAUGGCAAAUCUUGAAGCCAUACAUGCACAGCGAAAUCAAGAAAGAAAUUAUAGGUUUUAAUAUUAUACAGAAAUAUUACGGCAUUGAUGUAUCUCAUUUUCAGAAAUGAAUAGAUUGGGAGAAAGUUAGAGACUGCAAGCUACUAGAUAGAGAACUUGCCUUUGUUUUCCUUCAAUGAACAUAUGCAACAGAAGGUGUUGAUGAAUGCUAUGAAACAAACAUUCAAAAAGUAACCGAAACUCUAGAUUUAAAAUUAAAAUGACCUUAUCACUUUUUGUGGGUCAACGAAAAUAUUGAGCAACAAGCUGAUUUGUUUGAUGAAAUGAUUCAGAAAUGAGGGAACUUUGAUAAAAAACUGGAUUGGAUAGCUCUUGAUGUUGAGCAUCCGAGCCCUAAAUAUCCAGAGGAGCGUAAAAAAUCUAUUGAAACAACCGAUAGAAAAGUUUGGACGAAUGCUGUGAAGGAGUUUAUGAAAAGAAUGGGAGACAAAGGGUACAAUAAAAAGAUUAUUUACUGAAACACAGGCCAUUGGCAGACAUAUCUUGAUGAAAAAGAAUCACAGGAGCUUUGGAAAGAUUGCUUCCUCUGGAUUACGUAUUUAGACCAGAAGCCAGGAUAUCUUGAACGUCUCUGGGAUUAUUACAAUCCAUCGAAAUACGAAAAUUCUUCCUUCGUUCAGUUUUGUGUAGGAGAUCUAGAUGGAAUUAAAGGAAAAGUUGACCUUAACUUGGUGUCAGAUAAAUUUGUAAAACACUGGUAAAUCGACUUAGUUUUUUGGAUAAGAAUUACGGUCAAAAUGAUUUUGAAAUCUAUUAUUUUGCUUGCUUUGAGAGGAAUUUUUCCUUUGAAAAUUUUCCAAUCUU